AAAAACAACAAACAAACAAAAAAAAACACCCACUUAAAAACCUAUGCAUCCUGGUGACCUUAUGUUCAAAAACCACCACAUCCUUAGUUCAAAUCCAGCUUUAGACAUUUUGUUGCAGGUCACCUCGUCUCUCAACCCCAGAUGUCUGGUGCACACUACUGCGCACUGUCCAAUAAGAGGCAAAUUAAUAAGAUAUCGGCAUUAAAAAACAAUAAAAAAAUAAGAAUCCAUCAAUAAUAUGCCAACAUUUCACUCCACUUUCAGACAAUGAUUACUCAAUUUUGGCGAUGAAGAGUUGUGACAGACAUGUACUGGGGCAGGACAUUGUGCUGUAAAUAUUGAACAGUGACCUUCAAUGGAACACUUCAAUGAAAACAUGAAUUAUGAAAAGUAGCAAAACAUACAUAAAAAUGCAGCCUAUAAAACAUGUGUAUGUAUUGGCAUUUGAAUACUAGCUAAUAAUACACCAGGCAUUAGUACUACUCUCCUAAACCUGCAGUCCAAAAAGGAGGCACUCACUAGUUUCCAUGCUAAGCCUGCUCAUAAUAUUCACAGAAAUAGUCCUCAAGAUAUUAAUUCCACUAAAAACUAAAUAAUCAGCUUGUGGUAUUUCUACAGUCAAAGUCAGUAUUAUUUUUUGAAUACAGAUGGAACUUUUCUCCAUACAGCUGUAAUAAUAAAACUUCCUCUAACCACUAGCAACGCUUGUUUCAGUUUCAUUUACAGAGAAACCAUAACCUAAAAAAUUAGUUACACAGCAGACUGACACAGGAUGAUGAAGAUGUCAGGAAGAGUCACUGGUUGCUGUGUAGCUCUGUUCCUUGUCCUGACCUCUGUGUCGGCUGUACAAAGGAUCAAUUCGAUCAAUGCUUUGAAGAGAAUCAACUUUGGCCAAUCUGUGCCCAAGCACAGUCUUGUGCUGCUCCACUGGUUUGCCAGCGUAGUUCUCUUCGACAAUAACAACGUUAUCUGGCUGACCUUUGACCCAAACAAUGAGGAUUAUGGCUCACAUCAUUACGGCAACUUUGAGGAGUUGUUGGACCCACUGCCUUGGGGUUACCGGUACUACACUGUUGGCAAUCUCUAUCAAGACACACUCAUUCAACUUCCAUCUUAUGUUGUCCGUCCGCCCGACCCGGAGUAUGUGGGAAGAAACAGAGACAGGAUCAUCAUUAGAGUCAGGGAGCAGAACACAAGACUGCGGAGUAUAGACCAAGUGUAUAUCACACAGCAUUACGAGCCUUCUGAAAAUCAGGGGACACCUUAUGAUCCAACUCACACCUACCAGAUCACUACUAACCUCUUGAGACAGAUCAGAGAGUUUUCUAUGGGAGAAAACCAACAGACACUGACUCGCCUCAGAAACCGCUUUAGAAGUCACGCUGAUGAGUUUCACAUCAGAAACACAUGGCGUCACCUUGCUUGCCUGGGACUGUUUUUGUUUAUUGUGAUCGAGGAAAAGAACUCCUUUAAGCAAGACAACGACAGACAGGAAAACGGCAGCAGACCCCAAAACAACAGACUGGAAAACAACAACAGAUCGGAAAACAACGACAGACAGGAAAACGGCAGCAGACCCCAAAACAACAGACUGGAAAACAACAACAGAUCGGAAAACAACGACAGACAGGAAAACAGACACAAUCAUUGCAAAAGUCGCCGUUUUAUCUAUUUAACUUUAGCUUUCAUAAUUACUUUAUUGUACACAUUCUUUGCUAUAUAUUUUAGAUGAGACAGCAGUAUCCCUAGAUUUAGAUUUUAGAAGUAUGAUGAGGAAUAUGAAGCCAGCAGGACUCAAAAGUGGAUUGGGAUCAGUGAAUUAGGCAGUUACAUAUGGAGCCAUGACAGUGACUUAACAUUUAGCAUUGGAAACAGAACCUGAAAAAAAA